AGGGAGAGGAAGCAAGAUGUCAGAACGCAAAGUUCUGAACAAAUACUACCCACCUGACUUUGACCCAUCAAAGAUCCCGAAACUCAAGCUACCCAAGGACCGGCAGUAUGUGGUUCGGCUGAUGGCGCCCUUCAACAUGAGGUGUAAAACAUGUGGAGAAUACAUCUACAAGGGGAAAAAGUUCAAUGCACGCAAGGAAACGGUCCAGAACGAGGCCUACCUGGGCCUGCCGAUCUUCCGCUUCUACAUUAAGUGCACGCGCUGCUUGGCCGAGAUAACGUUCAAAACAGACCCGGAGAACACAGACUACUCCAUGGAGCACGGUGCCACGCGCAACUUCCAGGCCGAGAAGCUCCUGGAGGAGGAGGAGAAGCGUGUGCAGAAGGAGCGCGAGGAUGAGGAGCGGAACAACCCCAUGAAGGUCCUGGAGAACCGCACGAAGGACUCAAAGCUGGAGAUGGAGGUGCUGGAAAACCUGCAGGAGCUGAAGGACCUGAACCAGCGGCAGGCGCGCGUGGACUUCGAGGCCAUGCUCCUGCAGCACCGCCUGUCACAGGAGCAGCGGCGACAGCAGCAGGAGGAGGAAGACGAGUGCAAGACGGCGGCCUUGCUGGAGGAGGCUCGUCAGCACCACAGGCUUCUGGAGGAUUCUGACUCAGAAGAUGAAGCUCCGCCUUCCCGACCACGGGCCGCAGCAAGACCCAACCCCACAGCCAUCCUGGAUGAGGCGCUUAAGGCCAAGAGGAAGGCAGAGGCAAUGGGCCGCAGAGCACAGCUGGCCGGCUUGGUUGUGCCAAAGAAGGUAAAGGUGGAAGUCAACGGGGGCUCAGAGCAGGUCCAGAUGCCUUCUGCAGGUGCCCCCGAGAGCAGGAAGGCAGCCAGCCUUGCACCCCAGAAUCCCAGGGCCUCCUCCCUGAGCCAGCUGGGUGCAUAUGGAGACAGCGAGGACAGUGACAGCUGAGCCCCCACGGUGGCAUCACAGACCCAAGAAGCCAGAGGAGGAGAUGGGAACAAGAAAGGCACCCUCAACAAACACCUUGUGACAGUGUCUGCCAUGGGUCCUGGCAGGGUAUGAAGAGGCAAUGUCCCUCAGCCCCAGGAGCCCCAGGAUGUACAGCCUGGUCCACUCCUUCAGUCCUUGAGUUAUGGGGAGCCUGUUGGUACCAUCCCUUCCUGCUACAGACAGAUCUGAAUACUAUCUGGCAUGGGGCAGGAUCCCUGGGGAUCGUCUCCCAACAAGGCCUGGGGCUCCAUCCACAACACAAUAAUACUGUAUGAAAUAGAAGAAAUCAAUUGACAAUCAGGGGGACCAGCGAGCAACCCUGCCGGACUGUGUAACCAGGGCUCAACCCUUACCUGGGAUUUUGGCCACACACUCAGCCUGGGCCUGGACCCUCAGCAUGUGUCCUUCAUUCACAAUUUGGCAUUGCGUUAGUCUGUGUUCUGGUACUGUAAGAAAACUGCCAAGGCUGAGUCUGUUGUAUAGAACACAGCGAGCUUGGUACUGAGUAACAGUGGAGAGACUGGCCCAUGUAGCCCAGACUAGCCUCCACCUCCCCAGUGAACCACCAAGCUGAUCUUAAGCCUGAAAUGUUCGUGUUGGAGUCUGCUUUUCCCCCCGGAAUUCUUGGCUCUCACACCCUAAGUGAGAGCCCCUCCCCCAGGCAAGUGCAGGUGCACCCUAGGGUCUGGUUGGACCCCUCCCCUCCCCUCCCCACCCCCACCUUGACCUUCCCAGCUCCGCAGCUGUGAUCAUGUCCUCGGAACUGUCAGGUCUAAUCUGCCAUCUCCUCCAUCAGCUCCCUGGGGGGACCCUGGCAACAGGAGCCUCCAGGAUAGAAUUGACCCCACCACCUGUCCUGGGCGCACAGAGAGACACUAGCUGGACCAGCUCCCCCCAUUGCCCUCUGCUUGCGCUGAUCACAAACCUGGUCCCUGUGCUAUGUCCAAGCUAUAGUGAGAUCUGUGAGGCCUCUGCCCCAUUGUGCCCCCAGCAGACUAGAGCACUGGGAAGCAGCUGGGCCUCCCCCCAGAGUGGGGACCUGGAUCAGGCCUGUGCUUCCUCUAUCAGCCCAGGGACCUUGAGAAUCAAUGAGUUGCAUCUUCCCUCAAGCUGUGGCCCAGUGAAACAAGUGUGUAUUUCAUCUGACUGGGGGCCACUGAAGGUGGGCAGGGUCACGCCUCCUCCCUCAGGCUGGGUGCAGUGGGUUAACAUGCCCCACAGUUGACAGGAAACCUUUCUACAGUGCCUUCAGAUGGGAGGCUUCUCAGGGCAAGCCCUGCAUCUGCCAUCAGACUGCAUGAGGCAAGACCUGCCUCCCUAGGGGCUGGGGCAUUUUGGUCCCCUAUACAUUCCUGGCUCUUUAGGUUUUGAGUUUUUGAGUGGGUAUCACUGUGUAGACUAAAGGCCACCAGCCUCACAGACCUAUUGUGGACCAGUGUACCUCCCCUCCUGUCCCCAUACCUUGGCAUACUUCUUCCCAGAUUUGGUGGACAGUCAGGGAGGUCGCUGUUUGUCUGUGUAUACACUGAGCACUGCUAUGUGCUGCAUGAUGGAAGAGUCACAUAGCUCCAAUGCGUGUCACCCACCGACUGGAAUGUGGAGCAAAUGAGGGGACCAGACACGGAAGUCCACUCUCCAGAACAAGCUGGUGCAGAGACAGGACAGAUUCAUGGG